UUCUUCUGCUCAUCGUCCCAUCGGGUCCUUUCCCUUCGCGGCGGGCCCGCCCUGCCGCCCAUUGUGCCUCGUGCCAUGUGACCGGGGCGGUUUCUCGACGUUAUUUCUGCUUAGUCACGGCGCGAGAGGAUAGAGCUGCCGCCGCGCGCCACAGCAGGUGCCCCGAGAGCUCGGCCCCGCCGCGCGGCUGCGCCAUGGGGACGGACGCCGCGCGUGCCCUCCUGGAGCGAGCGACCACCCUCAACCUGCAGACCGGCAACCUGCUCAACUGGGGCGGUCUGCGGAAGAAGUGCCCGGCUACCCCCGGCGAGGAGGUGCGGGACUGUAUUCAAAAAACCCUGAGUGAAUGGAGCUCAAAGAUUGGACAAGAUCUAAAUCAGGAAGCAUUGGAGGUUGUGGAAUGUACUGUAGCUCAAGCUAUUGAAAAAAUAAAUCCUGAAGAAAGAGAUGAGUUGAAAGUGUCAGCAAAACUUUUCAUCAUUGGAUCAAACUCUCCAUCAAUCAGAGAUGCAGUUGACAUGGCAUGUUCUGCACUUGGGGUUGCUCAGUUAGAUUCUGUCAUUAUCGCCCCACCUCCUGUUGAAGAUGGAAUUAGCCUCUCUUUGGAGUAUUUACAACCUUAUUGGCAAGAGCUUGAAAAUCUAGUUCAAAGCAAAAAGAUUGUUGCCAUAGGUACCUCUGACUUAGAUAAAGUACUGUUAGAGCAGCUCUAUCUAUGGGCACAGGUGAAACCAAGUAGUAACCAGGUAAAUCUAGCUUCCUGUUGUGUUAUGCCACCUGAUCUCACAGCAUUUGCAAAACAAUUUGACAUACAGCUAUUAACUCACAAUGAUCCAAAAGAAUUGCUCUGUGAAGCAAGCUUCCAAGAAGUUCUCCAAGAAAGCAUCCAGACCACGAAAGCCCACGAAUGGACUCCUUUAUGGCUUCUCCGGUAUUCAGUCAUUGUUAAAAGCAGAGGAAUUAUCAAGUCAAAAGGCUUUAUCUUACAAGCUAGAAGAAAUGCCUCUUAAAACACUUCCUCAUUUUUACAAUAGCUUGCUGUUUAAACUUCUUGGGGACAAGGGGAACAUUGCUGCUUUUGUAGGAAUAUUUCACAACAGCUGUAACAAAGUCCAGAAGUUGUAAUUUUUCAAAGCGGUGUCAGCAAAAGUGUCUGCCGUGUUCUGAUACUACUUUUCUUUCUUAACCUACUCACCAGUUCCUUUAAAAUACGAAAUAUUAUGUUUUCACUAAACUCUUUUCUAACUGAAAUUAUCUAUAAAGCAAAUGUUCAAAAUAUUUUUCUGUUAUAAGACCACUGCACUGUAAAACUAUCACUGUAUUUUAGCUACCCUCAGGUAGUAUAAAAAAAUGUAUAUUUUAUUUUUUAACAAGUUGAAUUUCUUUAAAUUAAUAGCUACUAACCAGGUAGGUACCUAGAGUUCAGACUUUCAAAGAAUAAUUUGUAUAGAUAACUAAACCUAUCAUGAAAAAUUAUUGGAAAAAAUAAAUUGGUAUGUCAUUAAUGUAGGCACAUCAGCUGAUUGAUUUGUGUGGAUGGGAAAAUUGGUUCAUUUUUAAUAUGUUAUAAAAGACUUCUGUUUUGGGAGGUGAGGGAGAACGCACCUCCAGGAUUACUUUGAGUGUUAGUUGAAGUCCUGCUGGCCUCUUUGUGCCUCUAAUUUUUGUAGAAGGGUGAUGGCAUCUUUAUAGUUUGAAGUAGAAAGUGUAUUAUGCUGUGAUUACCUGAAGAGCUGGAAGCAAGUGAUGAAAAUUUUGUAAAUUGGAAAUCAUAAUGCGAUUGGUUUGUUCUCAACUGUGGCACUUUUUUUUUCUUUUUUAAUUCAGGAGCCACAGAGGAGAGGGUAACUGUGAGGCUGCUUGUUGUACGAUCAUGUACAAGGGCUGACUUGGAGGUUGCCUGGGAAGCUUUGUUGCUUGAGUGCCAUUCAGAAAUGGCACUAGCGUUAGCUUCGAGCCAUGCGCGCUUCUGUGUGGCGCGCUCUUGAUGCCUUCUGUGCCGCCGGCUUCUGCAUCCGAGAGGCUGCGGCUCGUGAGAGGCUGCACGUUCCGUGUUGCCUGUCUCUUGAGCAGCCCUUUCCACUUCCUGGGCCUCUAGAUCAAAAUAGACACCAAAACUGAAACUUGCAGUUUGGCAGGGGCUUGAUGCUAAGCUUCUAAAAUCAAAUAAGCAUUUUCUUAGUGACUUUAGAUAAUAAGAGGGCGUUAUGUUAGUACUUGUUAACUUUUAUGUGUUUUGAGCUUUGGACCAUGAGAGAGUUAACUUCACUCUGUUGUCAGCUGGUGGCAUUUUAAUGCUUGUAGGCACUGUCUAGAAGUAUCAGCUUACUAUAAUACAUUCCAUUAAUUCAAAAUGUUAACUUUUAUCAAGAUAUUUUUGAACCCUUAAGUAUCUUAUCUGUAUGUGGCAAGUUGUAGGAAGCUUUCCAAGACUUUCUUCAGUUGUUUUGUUAAAUAUCAGGGAGAGAGCUGGAGCUAGUAAUGAAACAAGAAAAUGUUUGUGUGUGUGUUUUGUUUGUUUUCUCUUAACUGAGAUUUAGUCUUUUUAUUUUGUGAGGAGUUGUUGUGGUGUAUCAGAUUUGCAAAGUAAGAGGAGUUUCGCUUCAGACUUCUCUGCCAGCCUAGAGCCAUGUGCUGCUCAGACUGACCGCUGUGUGUGGUGAGCUGCUGCCAUCCUGCACUGUACCCGCCUUGCUCCUGUGCUCGUCUUACUCAUUGAAAUCCUGCAGAAUAAGAAUUGUGCUGAAACAUGUACAGGUUGUCCUGUCGGGAUGAUUAUUUAUUUCCUUACUGUAAACCACUAACAGUUCUCUUGCUAUAGAAAAGUAUGUUAAGA